AUGACGAUUCCGGUUUUUGUGUAUGUGUGUGCGUGGUCUUUUCGCUCCGUCCUUCUGGGCUUCUUCCUUCUUGCCUCUUCUUACGACUUAGCUGCACAUCCUGAUGACUCACAUUCUAACGACCCUUCCCUAGUCAAUAACAACGACAUCAACAACAUCAACAACAACAAUGAUAUCCACAUGGCAAAAACCUGCACAAAUCACCUACGGUUGGAUACGGAUAGUCUCCGGUGCCACCCCCGCAUUCGCCAGAGCCACUCUCCGCGCCUCUGGGCCAUACCCGAUAUUUACAGGGAGGAGAGACGAACCUCCUCAGGCGAAGAUCCCAGUCUAAAACCGGGCUUCCUCUCCUUACUUCCAGCUUCAGCGCCGGACGGGGACCGGGAGAGUCUCUCUCUCUUCCCCUGA